GAGCGAGCCAGCCCAGCACCGAGCCUCGAGGGUCGGAUGCAGUUGGUUCGCAUCGUCGGCCACAGCCCCGACCGGCCCCACGAACAGGGGACGGGAUCCUGGCGCUGAAAAUGCAUCGCUUUCGCGAAUGUGCGGGAGUGUCCUGCGAUGGGUGUGAACGAAGCAGAAUGGGCGACGCCUUCCGGCCUCCGUCGCCGGCGCCGUUUGGAGUCGUUACGGAGCCGGACGUGAACCGGGUACGCGAACGGGAUCUCGUCCCGGCAAAACACCGGGCAAGUGUGGGGCCGAACCAGCUGAGUCAGCAACCGCAGUCGUGCAGCGCCCGAGAUUUUGCACCUCCGGCCAAGCCGGCCGAGAAGUCCGGGUUUUGCUCCACGCUGCCGGGGAACGGCACCGGCCCGAGGGCGUCGAGUAGAUGAAACACUGUCUGUUGGAGCUGCGCGAAUUCACUACACUGAGGUACUUUGUAAUCU